AUGGCAGCUGUGGGAAGCAUGUCUGGCCUUCUGCGGCAGAGUAUCAUGCAGAGAGCUGCCACCUCAUCUUGUCACCUGCACACAUCGCUUGGGCGGGCUGACUGCAACAGGGCAUCACUCACACGGCUUCACAGGCAGGCCUAUGCACGCCUCUAUCCAGUGCUUUUAGUGAAGCAAGAUGGUGCCACCAUCCACAUCCGCUACAGGGAGCCACGACGCAUGCUGGUGAUGCCUAUAGACCUCGACACCCUGUCUCCUGAAGAGAGAAAGGCUCGCUACCGAAAACGUGAGGCCAAAUCCAAAGAGAAGAAAGAGGAGCCAGAAGUCAAGGAUGACUUUGAUGUGGAGCAGUACAAACAAUUUUGGUCCAAAAAGUGA